GGACCGGCUUCCCGCUCGCGCGGCUCCGCUUCCGGGUCGGGGCCGGAGCUCGGCCGCGUCCGCCGCGGUCGCCUCAGCCGGGCCGGGGAGCGGGGCCGGGGCCGCCGCCGCCCGGGCGAGGGGCGGGCAGGAGCCGCGAGGGCCGCGGAGGGAGCGGCGGCAUUGCGCGGCAGGGCGGCGAGAGGGCCGCGGGGAGGCGGCGGCGGCGGCGGCCCCCGCCGAGGCCUGGUCCGGCCCGCCGCCGCCGCCGCUCGGCCGAUGCGCCCGGAGCCAUGGACAAGAUCCUGGAGGGGCUGGUGAGCUCGUCGCACCCGCUGCCGCUGAAGCGGGUGAUCGUGCGGCGCGUGGUGGAGUCGGCCGAGACGCCGCUGAGCCAGGCGCAGUGCCGCGCCAUGUUCGCGCUCGGCACCCGCCUGGUGCUGCAGGGCCCCGACCCCUUCCAGCGGCAGGUGGGGCGGCAGGUGCUGGACGCCUACGGCCGCUUCCACCGCGCCGAGUUCGAGGCGUUCUUCAACCGCGGGCUCGUCCUCGGCCUCCUGCAGCGCGGCUACGGCGAGCUGAGCAACCGCGACCCCGCCAUCCUCGACUACAUCCAGGCGGGGCUGCGCCUCAUCAUGAGCUGCCCGUCGGUGCUGGAGCUCUUCGAGCUGCUGCAGGUGGAGGCGCUGCGCCUGGUGUGCGAGCGGCCCGCGCCGCCGCUCUGCGCCCGCCUGUGCCAGCUGCUGGGCGACUUCCCGCAGUGCCUGCCCCGCGGGAGGAAGCUGUCGCUCGCCUUCUGCCAGCAGCUGGUGCGGAGCAUCGCGCACUUCCAGAGCCAGGGCACCCGCGAGGCCGAGCUGCGCCUCUACGUGUCGCAGGUGACCCAGGUCAGCGCGCUGCUCAGGAGCGUGUGGAAGGCCGAGCCCGACACGCUGCUGCCCUCCCUGCAGGAGCUGUUCGCCGUCAUCUCCGCCGCGGAUACUUCAUUUGAACCCUCUGUUGCACUGGCAAGUCUUGUACAGCACAUACCAUUGCAGAUGAUCACAGUACUCAUCAGGAGCCUUACCACAGAUCCUAAUGUCAAAGAUGCAAGUAUGACUCAAGCUCUGUGCAGAAUGAUUGACUGGCUGUCCUGGCCCCUGGCUCAGCACGUGGAAACGUGGGUGAUUGCACUGCUGAAAGGACUGGCUGCAGUGCAGAAAUUCACCAUCCUCAUUGAUGUCACUCUGCUUAAGAUCGAGCUGGUCUUUAAUCGACUCUGGUUUCCUCUAGUGAGGCCCGGUGCCCUUGCUGUCCUUUCCCACAUGUUACUUAGUUUCCAGCAUUCUCCAGAAGCUUUUCAUUUGAUUGUCCCACACGUGGUCAGUUUGGUUCACUCCUUCAAGAGAGAUGGUUUGCCUUCCAGCACAGCCUUUUUGAUGCAGCUGACUGAGCUGAUACACUGCAUGAUGUACCAUUAUUCAGGAUUUCCAGAGCUCUAUGAACCCAUUCUGGAAGCUAUUAAGGAUAUGCCCAAACCCACUGAAGAGAAGAUCAAGCUGAUCCUCAGUCAGAGUGCCUGGACUUCUCAAUCCAGUUCUUUGCCAUCUUGUUUAUCUAGACUUUCUGGGAAAUCUGAGACGGGGAAGACAGGCCUAAUAAAUCUAGGAAAUACUUGCUACAUGAACAGUGUUAUUCAGGCACUUUUUAUGGCUACAGAUUUCAGAAGACAUGUUUUAUCUCUGAAUCUAAAUGGCUGUAAUUCCCUGAUGAGAAAGUUACAGCAUCUUUUUGCAUUUUUGGCCCAUACCCAGAGGGAGGCCUAUGCUCCUAGAAUUUUCUUUGAAGCUUCCAGACCACCGUGGUUCACCCCUCGAUCCCAGCAGGAUUGCUCGGAGUAUCUCAGAUUCCUGCUGGACAGGUUGCAUGAAGAAGAGAGAACUUUGAAAGCAUUGUCUUCAGCCAAGAGUUCUGAAAUGACUGACGAGUCCCAGGCACAAGAAGCUGUCCAUAAAUCACAAAUAUUUACUGAAGCACCUUGUAUGGGAAGUGAGGAAAGAACUCUGAUAGAGAAGAUGUUUGGAGGAAAAUUAAAGACUAACAUAUGCUGUUUGAACUGCAAAAGUAUGUCUCAAAAGGAAGAGGCUUUCACAGAUCUCUCUUUGGCUUUCUGUCCUCCAACUUCCUUAGAGAAUGUUGAUCCAAAAUGCAUGGAACACUCUGAAGUGAAAGAUGACUACAUGGUGCAAAGUAACACUUUAGCAACCAGUCCUGCUGCAGAAACACCUCUCAAUAAUUUGGAAGUAAAUCGUGGAUGUGGCACAAUAGUGAAUGAAGGAACCAUAGAAGAUUUUUCUAGUGAGCCAAGCUCUGAGAAUACCACCAUUUCUGAACUCAAAGUGGAAAAUAAUGGGGAUAUAUCUCAGAGUCUAGUAGGUAAAAAUACCCUGUCAGUUACGGACUUACUCAAUUAUUUCCUGGCACCUGAGAUCCUUAGUGGAGACAAUAAGUAUUAUUGUGAAAAGUGUGCCUCUCUACAGAAUGCUGAAAAAACUAUGCAAAUCAUUGAGGAACCUGAAUACCUCAUUCUCACUCUUUUGAGAUUUUCCUACGAUCCAAAGUGUCACAUAAGGCGCAAAAUCCUGGACAAUGUUUCCCUGCCACUUGUAUUGGAACUGCCAGUGAAAAGAGCAACGUCCCCUUUGGCUGUUGUUUCGGGAGGCUGGUCUGUUGGUGUGGAGAUUUCUGACACUGGAGAAAACCUUGCUAAAAAACUGAAGCCCUCAGGUGCUGAGGAGGUGACCUGCCCACAGUUGGUGCCCUAUGUGUUGAGCUCUGUGGUGGUGCAUUCUGGUGUAUCCUCUGAGAGUGGACAUUAUUAUUCAUAUGCCAGAAAUGUUAGUGGCUCGGGGCCUUCAGGGCUCUGUCACCAGUCUACAGCUCUCUCUUUAGUUUCUCCUCAGGAUAAGUUGUUUCCAGAGGAGAGUCCUUGCACUGUUGUAGAAAAUGAGCUGGACACUGAGAUGCCAAGAGAGUGGUUUUUAUUCAAUGACAGCAGAGUGACGUUUACCUCAUUUCAGUCAGUCCAGAAAAUCACCAGUAGAUUUCCAAAGGACACUGCUUAUGUUCUGUUUUACAAAAAGCAGAACAGCACCUGUGGCUUCAACACCAAUCCAGCAAAUGGCCUCUGGGUAAAUGGAGACCCUCCUCUACAAAAAGACCUCAUGGAUGCAAUUACAAAAGAUAACAAACUGUACUUGCAGGAGCAAGAGCUUAGUGCUCGAACUCAAGCACUUCAAGCUGCCUCAGCCUCUUGCUCUUUCCGACCCAAUGGAUUUGAUGACAACGAUCCCCCGGGCAGCUGCGGGCCCACAGGAGGAGGAGGAGGGGGCGGGUUCAGUACCGUUGGUAGAUUGGUUUUUUGACUCCCAAAACAACGUGGAAUUCUCUGGUUCCAAAGCAGCCUCGUAGUGCUGGGGACAAAUAAAGUGCUGAACUCUGUCAGAUGUCGUAGCAGGCGUUGAGACUCGAUCCUUGUCCAAAAAGCAAAGAUUGGUGUUGUUAUUUUGGUGAUGUUUUAUUUGAAAUAAAUAAGAGCAUAAUGGAAAAAAAAACCUCUACCUCUUAAAAGUUCGGUUGCUUUCGUAGUAAGAUAUGCUUGCCCAAAAACAUGAAAAUUAAGAUUUUUUUUUUUUUUAAGGAAAUGCUAGUGACAUUGCAUUAAACUGAACAAAAUGCACUUACAUCAGUUCCUCUUGU